GACUUCGGGCUCCUUCCCUCUCCUCUUCUCGCUGCUCGGCCGGGUCCCGCCUCCAGGCCCCGCGCGCCCCGCCUCCGCUCUGUCGCUUUAAGCCGGUCCCGGCGCUGAGCCCCUCCCUCACUCCUCCUGGCGCUCCUCCGCCGCUCCUAGCCGUACCUCCCGCUCCUCCUUCUCCUCCUCUCCCUCUCCUCCCCCUCCUCCUCCUCUUCUCCCGCUGGUCCUCGCCGCCGCCGGCCCGCCGCCCGCUCCGCUCCCCGCAGCCUCCUGGACCCGCAGCCAUGGCCGACAUCAAGACGGGCAUCUUCGCCAAGAACGUGCAGAAGCGACUCAACCGCGCGCAGGAAAAGGUCCUUCAGAAGCUUGGGAAAGCCGAUGAGACAAAAGAUGAGCAGUUUGAAGAAUACGUCCAGAACUUCAAACGGCAAGAGGCAGAAGGUACCAGGCUUCAGCGAGAACUCCGGGGCUAUUUAGCAGCUAUCAAAGGCAUGCAAGAAGCCUCAAUGAAGCUCACAGAGUCGCUGCAUGAAGUCUACGAGCCUGACUGGUAUGGGCGGGAAGACGUGAAGAUGGUUGGUGAGAAAUGUGAUGUCCUGUGGGAAGACUUCCAUCAAAAACUAGUGGAUGGGUCCUUGCUGACACUGGAUACCUAUCUGGGCCAAUUUCCUGACAUAAAGAAUCGCAUUGCAAAACGCAGCAGGAAGCUGGUGGACUAUGAUAGUGCCCGCCACCACCUGGAAGCUUUGCAGAGCUCCAAGAGGAAGGAUGAAAGUCGAAUCUCGAAGGCAGAAGAGGAAUUUCAGAAAGCACAGAAAGUAUUUGAGGAGUUUAACGUUGACUUACAAGAAGAGUUACCAUCAUUAUGGUCAAGACGGGUUGGGUUUUACGUCAACACUUUCAAAAAUGUUUCCAGCCUCGAGGCCAAGUUUCAUAAGGAAAUUGCAGUGCUUUGCCACAAAUUGUAUGAAGUGAUGACGAAGCUGGGUGACCAGCACGCUGAUAAGGCCUUCACCAUUCAAGGAGCUCCCAGUGAUUCUGGUCCUCUCCGCAUCGCAAAGACACCAUCACCGCCCGAGGAGGCCUCACCCAUCCCGAGCCCGACAGCCAGUCCCAAUCACACGCUGGCACCUGCGUCUCCCGCACCAGCCAGGCCUAGGUCACCUUCACAGACAAGGAAGGGGCCUCCCGUCCCACCGCUGCCUAAAGUCACCCCAACAAAGGAACUCCAACAGGAGAACAUCAUCAGUUUCUUUGAGGACAACUUUGUCCCAGAAAUCAGUGUGACGACACCUUCACAGAAUGAAGUCCCUGAGGUAAAGAAAGAGGAGACAUUGUUGGAUCUGGACUUCGACCCUUUCAAGCCUGAGGUGGCCCCUCCAGGUUCUGCUGGAGUGACUCAUUCCCCCAUGUCGCAGACAUUGCCCUGGGACCUAUGGACGACAAGCACUGAUUUGGUACAGCCGGCUUCUGGUAGUACAUUUAAUGGAUUCACCCAGCCCCAGGACACUUCAUUAUUCACAAUGCAGACAGACCAGAGCAUGAUCUGUAACUUGGCUGAAUCUGAACAGGCUCCACCCACAGAGCCGAAAGCAGAGGAGCCCCCUGUCGUUGCUGCACCUGCUGUUGGGCUGGACUCUGGACUGGACACCCAGGCUGAGGAGCCAGUGGAGGGGGCAGUGGUCAUACCUGGAACGGACGCCACUGUGACACCUGGAGCCGUGGUGUUGGCUGCCGAGGAGGCUCCAGUGGAGGAAACAGAGAUGGAGAAGGCAGCUCUUCCUGCUGGGGAAGGAGCAGGUGUAGAGGAGACCAGGACUGAUGCUGACACUAUGGAGGCCAUAGAUCGUGACAUAUCUCAACCAGAAGAACCAGAAGCAGCAGCCCCUCAGGAGAAGGUCAUCCCUUCAGUCGUCAUAGAGCCCGCCUCCAACAACGAAGGAGAGGGAGACCAUGAAGUCCCCACAGGUGCAGAGUCCAUGGAAACACCUGGUGCCCCGGCUCUUCCCGGGCCCGCUAGUGAGCCCCCAGAGUUGGCUGCAGAGCCCAGAGCCAGUGAGGACUCCCAGCCACUGCCCUCCACUCCAGCAGCAAGUGAGGCAUCUCAAGAUGUGCCUCCCGGCUUCCUCUACAAGGUGGAAACACUGCAUGAUUUUGAAGCAGCUAAUUCUGAUGAACUUACCUUACAAAGGGGUGACGUGGUGUUGGUGGUCCCCUCAGACUCAGAAGCUGACCAGGAUGCAGGCUGGCUGGUAGGAGUGAAGGAAUCAGACUGGCUUCAGUACAGAGACCUUGCCACCUACAAAGGCCUCUUUCCAGAGAACUUCACCCGGCGCCUGGAUUAGGGCCAAGAAUAUUAUAGAAAGAGCCCGGUUUUGGGGUUUUUAAACUUCUAUGAAAACCCAAAGAGUUCACUUUUGCUGUUGCACUCUUAAUGAUGUACAGGUUAGUGCCAGACAAAGCUUGGAAAGAUACCAGUGGAGCAUGUGUGUAAGAAAAAAAAGGAAAGAAAAACAAGUAAAUUACAGAAAAAGUCCUCACUGUCUCCCACAUUAUCCAUAACAGGUUUCUUUGUGCUUUGUCCAAGCUGUGGAGACUCUUGUCCUUGAUCCCUUCCCACCAUUUCUAAAGUAGCUUUCUCCAGACCAGAACCUUCAUUUCUCUGCACCAAGUGUAUGGUCCUGAGUGGCUGCCCUGCAGAAGAUGUGGCGAAUUUUCCUGUAGUACAAGAUUAUCUUCCCCUGCACAGGUGUGAGCACGUGCUCUCUCUCCCUUUCAAGUUGACUGUGUUUCAAACUCAACUGCUGCACAAAACAUUCUUUUCCAACACCUCCCUCUCUAUAUACAUCUGGCCACACAGUUCCACAUGCUAGUUGCCAUCACUCUCAGAUCUAUGUGUAUGCACGAAGCUACAUAUACAUAGUUGCUUCCUUUCGUUCCAUCAUAGCUCUUUGCCUCCCAAGUGUCAUUGAUACAUGCAUUGCUCUUGCUCUAUCUGGCAUUAGAGGUGCAGUUUUGCUUCAGGGCAAAACCAGUCAUCCUAUUGCCAAAACAGUCGACAGUAUCUGUGUUUUGUAAUGUGGUUGUCAGGACACAGUGACAGAUAGCAUGUCAUGGCUGCCAUCCCUUUGGAGAAAGCAGAGGUUUGUUAUUUAAGCUUCUAGCUGCUGUGGUUGGAGUUAAGCUAGUCGGGAUGAGCAGCUCUGUAGUGUUCCCUUUUAAAGGUUGGCUGGCUGAUGGGGCAUCAAAGUCAACCCCCAAAGAACACUAUUAAAAAUAAAAGCUCCUAUAUAUUUCCAACUCUUUAUAUUUAUGCAACUCAUCUUCUCAGAUUGUCCUAAAACAAGAUAGGUGAUGUAUGCUGUAUCCACAGGUCAUCUGUAACAGUUAUGUUUUCAGUGCUGUGUCAUUCCAAAUAAACCUUUGGUAACCUCCAGCAA